UCGAUUUUCUUUGAAAGAACUGAUAUUUUUAACCACCCUUAAACCUGAAGAUUACUAUCUGAUAUAAGGAAAUGAACUUUACUCUCUAAGACUUCGAUUUUUUUCCCUAUCGUCACACUUUCUUUCACCGUGGCGGAUUCGUAUACAGUCCCCCCACCAAAGGAACCAAACAAGAUGGACUGGUUCCGAAUAAAUGAUUUUUUCAUGUCCAUUAUAACUUUAUUAACUUACAUUGUGGACCAAUUUUACAGCAUAGAAUACCGUAGAGGCCUCCAAAAGUUGGUUUCGGUGCUGAAGAAAAUGGGGAGCAUUUUGGGGGUCCAGACAUGGAGUGACCCAGGGGACAUCAGAAAAAAAGAGAUUCUAGAAUCCCGGAAUCGAUAUAUAGAGGAACAAUUUAAGCGAGACGACGAUGAGGAAACUGACGAAGUAGACAGUGGUGCCACCAACGCAAGAGAGAAAUACGCUAAAAUACGAGCAUAUGUUGCUAAGUUACGAGCUGCGGUUAAAAUGAGAGGAGCCUAUCACCGGAACCGGAAACUGAAGAAGAUGCCAUCCGUCCUGAACGACAUCGAAAUCAAGGCCAUGCAGAUCAACCCUAAAGACCACACGUACCCCUUUGAGAACCUCGUGUUUGAGGGAGGAGGAAAUAAGGGGCUGGCAUAUUGUGGUGCUGUCAGGGCACUGGAAGAGUUGAAUCUAAUGGAGCAGAUUAAGAGAUUUGCCGGGGCUAGCGCUGGCGCUAUGACGGCUUCUCUACUGGCAGUAGGCUUCGAUUCAAAGGAAAUUCAAGGCUUCCUAAGCCAGAAUAUGGCCAAAAUGUUUCUAGAUGCUAAGUUUGGGGUUCUGAGCCUAUUACCCAACCUAUUGUCUGGUUACGGCUGGAACCCUGGAAAUAGGAUAUACAACUGGUUCGGUGAAAAGAUGGAACAAAAGAUGGGGAAUAAAGACGUUACCUUUGGGGAGCUCUAUGAAAAGACUGGGAAAGAGCUCUGUGUUGUGGUCACGAAUCUAAAUCACAUGACUGAAGAAUAUUGUCACGUGAAAACAACACCGGAUAUGCCUAUUAGAUUAGCAGUGCGCAUGUCCAUGGCAAUUCCAGGAAUGUUUCAAGCCACAAAUUACACAUACAAUGGAGAAACAAACACUUAUGUAGAUGGAGGGGUGAUUUGUAACUAUCCAGUACACUGUUAUGACGGAUGGUGGUUGUCUAUGGACUCAAAUGACAGUUUUCUGGAGAAACUUCAGCCAUUAGACGAUCUUCCACGAUUGUUAGACAGGCGAGCGAGAUUUAAACGAGAGUACAAAGACCCACUGAAAACGCUUGGCUUUCUACUGUAUGCCGAUUCUGAGACAGAUGUGUUCAGAUUUAUGUUGGAGAAAAGAAUAGGUGUACAUCUGGAUCCAUCUCCAAACACAAAACUAGCAACAGCGAAAAUGGAACGUAAGAAAGUGCAGGAAAAGGCAAAACGAGAACACAGAAGAGUCAUGAUGGCGGUGGAUGAGUUUUUAAAGGUUUUAAGGAAACAUAAUUUGGACAAGGAUCAUACCAUAAGUAGAGCAGAAUUAGAAAGUGCAUUUAAGGAUGAAGAGUUUACCAAGAAAAGCAGUGAAAUGUUAUUUGGAAAAGACUGUACUGUACAAAAGGCCUUUGAAAUCCUAGACAAGGAUGGAAACGGAGAAAUAAAUUUCAACGAGUUGAUAAAUUUUAUACAAGGGACAGGAAUCAGUCUUCAGCAGCGUUUCCUUGGUUACCAGAGGAGGGACAUUAAUGGAAUUUUCGAAUUCUUUGACACAUUACAAAACGCUCUACUGACCAACGUUAAACGCGCCUUUGUUAAUGAUCAGGACUUAGACAGAACAGUUGGCAUCAACACGGGUCACGUGGGGACCUCUGAUUUCGUGCUUGAGGAGGAGGAUAGAUUAUUUGCUGUUCAGCAAGGCUACAAAUCCACAAUGACCUUUUUGAGAUAUUUUGCGGCCAAAGAAGAGCUCUCAAAAAGUACCGAUGAGUCUGUAAGAGAGCGGAUUCUCUCUUUGUCUCAAGGUGAUAGGGGAAAAAUUGAAGAGGGCGAUGAAAUGGAUGACGUCAUGGAGGAUGACGUCAUGGAAGAAAGCAUAGAAGAAAACAUGGACGAAUUAGACGCACUUGUCGGUGCUUAUGCCAAUGUUGCUGCCAAUACACAUUCAAAUGGAACAGUUGCUAAAGGAUGACACACAAGAAGACCUCAACUUCAUGGAAAACAAAAAAAACUUUGAUUCCACAAAUUCAUGUUUUGGUCUCGAAUUUUGAACUGGAUUCCCUUAAUCCAGAUAUUCCAUUCACAAAUGACCAUUUUAUAAGCAAAUUGGUUCAUCAACGCUCCAUUCCAAGAGAGAUACUGUAAACUUAUGGGUUCUACAGAAAAACCAAAAGCUGCUUUUUUUCUCUUUUCAAUUUGUUAUAUGUUUUGAUUUUUUUAAAAUUUCAUUUAAUUGAUUUUUGAAUUAAUUUGUGUUCAAGAAAAUAAAAAUAUUUUAACAAU